AUGAGGGGUUCACUGUUGAUCCUCCUGGUUCUUGUCUUGCUCUGCUCUGUUCCACCAGCUAAAAGUGGACCAAAUGCUUACCUCAAGAAGAUCUUUGAAACCUGCUGGCGAUUGAAAGGUACUUGCAAGUUAAAAUGUGCAGACAGUGAAAUCUAUCACAUUUUUUGUAACAAUUAUCAUCUUUGCUGUAUCUCCAAAAAAGAUUUGCCUGUGCUUGUUGGGUGAUAGCUGUGAGCUCAGGAAGCCUCCUGCAGAUGUUUUCUGGGACUCCAGAUCCCUCUCAGCGGCGCCACCCCAUUAAAAUCAUGGCUUUAAUCCA